ACUUGACCAUUUAAAAAAAAAAAAAAAUCAGAAAUGGUACUGAGAAGUCAAACAAAAAUCACUCCGGCAUUCAUGCUAAUCUCAACUAAACCAACAAUUUCCAUUGAAAACAAGAACCUUCAUCACUUUAACUCCCUGCACUCCAAACCACUGCAACAACCAAUAAAAGUUAUAAAACCCUUUCUUCUUUCCAUGCAUAAACCCUAGUCAAGUCUAUUUCCUAUUCAAAGAGGACUUUACAUGAACUCUACUGCACAUGCAGCAUGCCAGCUUUCCAUCAUCCUUCUCAUUGGCCCGCCCACAUACUCCCCCAAUCUCCACAUCAUCUCAUUGAUCAUCUCUCUUCUAUAUAUUCUACUACUUGUAGUGGUACACUAGUAGGCUUACAAGCUCACAAGCUCCAUCAAUGGCUUCAUCUUUGAAACAACUAUCCACUGCCAUCAUCUUCAUCUUCUUUUCCAUUUCCCUUCUCCCUACCCAUGCAAGGGACAGUAUGUUCUUCAGCAAAAUGCAGAGGAAUGAGACUAAUGAAGUCCCCAGAGAACCUCCGCCCAACGAAAAAGAAGAGCCGAAGAGUUUGCCACCCCCAUCCCAAGCUUGGGGAGAAACUCCAGCUAACGAAAAAGAACCGAUGAGUUUCCCGCCGUCAUCCCAACAAGGUUAUGACCUCUAUGCCCAUGGCACUACUGAGUUAAUAAUAAUCAACAACAACAACAACAAUAACAACAACAACAACAAUGAUGCUAAGAAGUGCGAUAACAACUCUGGUGGUCAUGAAGCUCCUUCAAAGUACGAUAACAACGAGUAUGUGAACAAAGGAUAUGGUAUGAGUGACACUAGGUUAAUUAACAACAACGACGACAACAACAACCACCACAACAUUGGUGAUGCUGAGAAGUAUGAUAACUACUAUAGUGGUCAUGAAGCUUCUUCAAGGUAUGUUAACAAUGAGUAUGUGAACAAAGGAUACGGUAAGAGUGACAAUAAAUUUUCAGAAAAUGGGAAAUAUCAUUAUGAUGCGCAGGCUGAAAGGUAUCAGAAUGGAUAUGAUCCACUGAGUGAGAACUCAGCAGGAUAUGUUUCUUAUAAUGGUAAUGGUAAGAGAGGUGGUAACUAUGGUUAUGGGAGUUAUAGGUCUGGCUCUACUACUAAUGGGAAUGCUUACAAGGAGUACAGUGAAAGAGUUGAGAACCAAAACAAUGAUGAAAGGUUUGGAAAUCAAUACAACAAUGAAAGGUUUGGGAAUCAAUACAACAAUGAAAGGUUUGGGGAUCAGUACAGCAAUGAAGGCCAAGAAAAUCAGUUUAAUACUCCAUGAGAAGUUGAUUUAUGUUAUUUUUAUGUUGAAAUAAGUUAUGUUUGUCCUAUCAUUGUUAUGUGCUUUGGAAUUUCAUUAUGGAGUCUGAGUCUGUAGUAUUUGAAAUAUAUAUGUGUGUGUGUCUGUGUGUGUGUCAUAUCAGUAUAUGAAAUCUAUGCAUCUCAUUAAGUGAUC